CUCGUCUUCCUCCUCCUCCUCCUCCUAAGAAUGUGCCUCCUCUUCAGAGUUGCCGCUCCUCACAGCUCCCCGUCCACCUCAGAGUGGAUCCUCCUCUGAGUUGCUCUUCUUCCUCUGAGCUCCUCCUCCUCCCGUCCCUGCGAGGCUCCAGACACCUCUUGCCUCUCCUCCGCUGAGUUUCAGAACGCACUGGUAAAAGAGAGGGUUGAGGGUCUGCCCAUUCGCUGCGCAAGAGGUGGCUGGAGUUAGGAUUGAGAAGUGUUUCCAAAGACACCCAAGGAGCAGCAGGGCAGCCAUGAGGCUGCCGACAGGGGCUGACCUGUGGCCGGUGGCCAUAUUCACGGUCAUCUUCCUGCUUCUGGUGGACCUGAUGCACCGGCGGCAGCGCUGGGCUGCCCGCUACCCUCCGGGCCCUGUGCCAUGGCCUGUGCUUGGGAACCUGCCGCAGAUGGACUUCCAGAAUAUGCCAGCGGGGUUACAAAAGCUGCGAUGUCGCUUUGGAGAUCUGUUCAGCCUACAGCUGGCCUUUGAGUCCGUGGUUGUACUAAAUGGGUUGACGGUCCUGCGAGAGGCACUGGUGAGAUACAGUGAGGACACUGCUGACCGGCCGCCGCUGCAUUUCAAUGACCAGCUGGGCUUUGGACCACACUCUCAAGGUGUGGUCCUAGCGCGGUAUGGACCUGCCUGGCGCCAGCAGCGGCGCUUCUCCGUGUCUACACUGCGUCACUUUGGCCUGGGCAAGAAGUCACUGGAGCAGUGGGUGACGGAGGAGGCCAGAAGCCUCUGUGCAGCCUUCGCUGACUAUUCUGGAUGCCCUUUCAGCCCUAACACUCUAUUGGAUAAAGCAGUGUGCAAUGUGAUCGCGUCCCUCCUCUACGCCUGCCGCUUUGAGUACGAUGACCCACGCUUCAUCAGGCUACUGGGCUUGUUGAAAGAUACUCUUAAGGAGGAAUCUGGAUUCCUGCCCAUGCUGCUGAAUGUGUUCCCCGUGUUCCUGCGCAUCCCAGGGCUGGUUGACAAGGUAUUCUCUGGGAAAAAGGCCUUUGUUGCCAUGCUGGAUGAGCUGCUAACUGAGCAAAGGAUGACCUGGGACCCUGCCCAGCCGCCCCGAGACCUGACUGACGCCUUCCUGGCAGAAAUAGAGAAGGCCAAGGGGAAUCCUGACAGCAGCUUCAAUGAUGGGAACCUGCGCUUGGUGGUGGGUGACCUGUUCUCUGCAGGGAUGGUGACCACCUCAACCACGCUGUCCUGGGCCCUGCUGCUCAUGAUCCUGCAUCCGGAUGUGCAGCGCCAAGUACAACAGGAAAUCGACGAGGUCAUAGGGCAGGUGCGGUGUCCAGAGAUGGCAGACCAGGCCCGCCUGCCCUAUACCAAUGCUGUCAUUCAUGAGGUGCAACGCUUUGGGGACAUUCUCCCUCUUGGUGUGCCACACAAGACUUCUCGUGACAUUGAAGUGCAGGGCUUCCUUAUCCCUAAGGGGACGACCCUCAUCACCAACCUGUCCUCUGUGCUGAAGGAUGAGACUAUCUGGGAGAAGCCCCUCCACUUCCAUCCUGAACACUUCCUGGAUGCCCAGGGUCACUUUGUGAAGCCUGAGGCCUUCAUGCCUUUCUCUGCAGGCCGCAGAGCAUGCCUGGGGGAGCCCCUGGCCCGCAUGGAACUCUUCCUCUUCUUCACCUGCCUCCUGCAGCGCUUUAGCUUCUCGGUGCCCGAUGGACAGCCCAGGCCCAGCGACCAUGGCGUCUUUGAGGCUCUGACAACUCCAUCCCCCUACCAGCUCUGUGCUCUGCCUCGCUAAGAGGACAUACGACAUCUCACUCAUUGUGCUUGCUAGGGCCCUAAUGUGCGAUAAAUCAUUUUACUCUAAACUAAAUCAUCCCUGUGAGAUCUCCAGGCUCUGAGGGGCCUAAGCAGCCUUCCCUGGACUUCCACACCCCCUACUUAUUCUUACUUGACUACUUGACCCCAAUGGAAGGACUGCUCUGUUGGCCUCAGAAAUGACGCCAUUCUUGCCUUUACCCUGCCCCCACUUUUUCCACCAAAAUUGAUGUUUAUACAUAGAUACCAACACCUGGAAGGAGGGCCAGAAAGGACUGCUGAGAUGUGACAGUAUAAGAUAUAUAGAUGAGGGAAGGGCAGGACCUCUUUCUCCUAGACACCCCCAUUUCAGACCCACUACACAACCAAGGCUAACUGCUCAGCCAGCAUCAUCACAACUUCUUAUAUGACAUCCCAGAGAUGUAGAGAAGUCAUGGAGGCUGGAAAUGAUAUGCAGGUUAAGUGCAUAUCAGGUUACCUGUUGGCUACCACAUGCUUCCUGAAGAGGCUUUAUGGGAGGGAGAGUCCAGCAGCAGGUUACCUACUAAGCUUCUUUUCACCACUAAUGACCCAACAGGGAUACUGGCGUCUAGGCCAUGCACAGUAAGAAAGUGCUUCUGUAACCAGGGUUGGUAGGACCUUUAAGCUUGUUGUUGAAACAGCCUCCCAGACCUUAGCACAACUGACUCCGUGAUGGAAGUACCAUUUGGGCCAUAAAACUACAUGGGCCAGCACGUAGACAGCAGUUCGUGCCACAAUGAAAACAAAGACCUAAUCCAUCAAUACCCACAGUUCUGGGAAAGUCUCUAGAGAUAAUAAUCUUGCUUUUUAGCCUCUGUAGUUCUAGCUAACUGUUCUUGCUAACUGAAGUAUGUCAACAUUCUUGCUAACUGAAAUAUGUCAAUCCAGGAUAUGAUUAUUGGUAAAAGCUCACCCUGAGUACAGCUCAGGAUUACACUGGGAUUCUGAACACCCAGUAUAGUCACUAGCCAGCUAAUAAAGACCUUCUAUUGGUUUAAAUCCA